AUGGCCCGUCCCAUGGGGGCUGUUCGUCUCAAGAAGACGAAUCCCUUGACCCUUGCGCUCGGAGCGAUUCUUUGCAUAUUCAUCGUCUUCUUCCUCGUUUCGCCCUCGGGCAAAUCCGUCACCGCUAAACGAUUCGAAUCCAUAACUGCAGAGCAUCAUCUAUCGCCGCCAACUUCGCCGUACCGAAAGUCAAAAUCCCGAUCUGGCGUACCGCUCAAGCCACCACCCGUUGUGCACUACAACCUUAACAACGUCACCAUUACCACUUCGCCCAUUAAGAACCGAGAGAAUGUCCUCAUUCUGACUCCCAUGUCUCGAUUCUACCCUGCCUACUGGGAUAAUCUGUUGCGCCUGAACUAUCCACACGAACUCAUCACCUUGGGUUUUAUCCUUCCCAAGACCAAGGAGGGCAACCAAGCCACCACCGAGCUACAAGAGCAUAUCCACAAGACCCAAAAGCAUGGUCGCGAAGCCGACAAGUUCAAGAGUAUCAUCAUUCUACGACAAGACUUCGAGCCUGCUAUUCUUUCUCAGGAUGAAUCCGAGCGCCACAAGCUUAAGAACCAGAAGGCACGUCGGGAAGUCAUGUCCAAGGCCCGCAACUCUUUGCUCUUUACCACCCUUGGUCCGGAUACAUCUUGGGUUUUAUGGCUAGAUGCCGACAUUGUUGAGACGCCAAACUCGCUGAUUCAGGAUCUUGCUGCCUUCGAUAAGCCGCUCAUCGUCCCCAACUGUUUCCAGAGAUACUACGACGACGAACACAAGCAGAUGGCUGAGCGACCGUAUGACUUCAACAGCUGGCAGGACAGCGAAACCGCACUUGCAAUGGGCGCUAAGAUGGGACCCGAUGAGGUUCUUUUCGAGGGGUAUGCUGAGAUGCCUACAUAUCGAAUGCUCAUGGCGUACCUGGCGGUUGAAGGCGGCGAUCGUAACUUGGUGAUCCCUCUUGAUGGAGUUGGAGGCACUGCCCUUUUAGUCAAGGCUGAUGUGCAUCGUGAUGGCGCCAUGUUCCCUCCAUUCCCAUUUUAUCACCUUAUUGAGACAGAGGGAUUCGCCAAGAUGGCGAAGCGAUUAGGGUGGCAGCCAUUUGGCCUUCCCAACUACAAGGUCAGUAACGAUUCUUCGUUAUACCGUAAAGUGGACGAUUAA